UAAAUUAUUGUGUCCACUGUCGACUGUCAUUUUCGUGUUGUUUGUAUCAUUUGAAGAGAACGGCAAUAGUUUUAAAUAUAAUAUUAAGAAUUUCAAUUAAAAAUACAUAUUUAGUAUAGGAAUGUAAUAUAGGAAUUUUGUAAUCAUGGUGAUCUAUAGUGUUUAUGUAGUAAGCAAAUCUGGAGGGCUAAUUUAUAACUAUGAUCACAACAUUCCCCGGAUAGAGACUGAAAAAACAUUUGGAUUCCCUCUUGAUAUUAAGCUACAGUAUGAAAAUAAAAAGGUUGUUGUUGUGUUUGGCCAACGAGAUGGUAUAACCGUGGGGCAUGUUUUACUAUCAGUAAAUGGUUCUCCAGUUACUGGAAGAAAUACAGAAGAUGGAAAAGAUGUAUUUGAAGUAAUUGAAGCUAAAGAAAACUAUCCUCUCAGUUUAAAGUUUGGUCGUAUGAGAGCUACAACAAAUGAGAAAAUAGUGUUGGCAAGUAUGUUCUAUCCACUUUUUGCCCUUGCUAGUCAGCUGAGUCCAGUGCCCAAGAGUUCAGGAAUAGAGACCCUCACAGCUGACACAUUUAAGCUUUCCUGCUUUCAGACUUUAACUGGUGUUAAGUUUAUUUUAGUGACCGAUCAGAACAUGCAAGGCACUGAAGUUGUACUAAAAAGAAUCUAUGAAUUGUAUUCAGACUAUGCUCUGAAGAAUCCCUUCUACUCUUUAGAGAUGCCGAUCAGGUGUGAACUAUUUGACACAUCUCUGCACACUUUGCUGGAGCUGGUGGAAAAAUCAGGCACUGCAAAUUUAUAGAUCAAUAUUGUCAAGCAUUAACUAAAUGGUCUUCAUAUCCAAGACUCAAAUUUAUUAGAAUAUGUUUACUUAUGUAUGCACACGCUUUAAUUAAGGCUGGUUGUCCUAAGGAUAGGGCAACUAUUAUUAAAUUUGAUAGUCAUCUUGCAAUUUAAUAUUGUAAAUUUUGUUAUAAAUCUAUUAUACAGGAAAAAUUGGAUUUACAUAUUAAAAAAUAUGGAUUCAUUUUUUAAAAUAAAAGAAUUCAAAUUUUAAUAUGUCCUAAUGCUAAUGCAUAAUAUUGUUUUCAGGCAAAAUUGUUUUAUUUUGUGAGAAAUAUGCUUAUAGUAUCUAUUCAAUUACACCUAAUCUAGAAUAUAACUAGGAAGUGUUAAAAUAAGGGUUAAGAUUGUUUUAUUAGAUAGAUUUAUUUUAAUAAAAAUUUAUUGAUAUAAUA